CUUAUCCACCACAGAUUUAAAGUAGCUUAAUGAUAAUUUCCUUUCCCCAGGGGGGCAUGGGAAUUAUAGUUCUUGUGAGGUGAGUGAAGAAUCUUUAAUUACAGACAUAGCAACUGUUAACCUCAAGCACGGGGGGCCAACUUACAGGCGACUUGGUUCCUCCCUACACCUUCUUCACAUAACAAGGCAUUUGAUUAAUAUUUUUAACUAGUUGUUUCAUUUAUUCAUUGAAUUCGUUUCUGUGUGGAAGCUUCCCUGCUGGCAGUCAGACUGAAGUGGAAAUGAUCAAGGAAAGAAAUACAGAGUUGCAGAUACGUUUAUACAUAUUAUAUGUUGUUGAUGUUAUUGGUGUUGCAUGCCUUCAAGUACUUUCUGAUUUCUGGUAACCUAAGGCUUUUCUGGAGCUUUUUUUAUCAUGUCAGAAGCAAUAUGAGAACAUAUUGCAAGUUGCUUCUGGUGUGAGAGAAUUGACUGUCUAUGGAGAUGUUGCCCAGGGGACUCCUGGGUGUGUUACUGGGAGGCUUCUCUCAUGUACCUGCAAACUAGAGCUGACAGACAGAAGCUCACCCCAUCUCGCAGAUUCGAACCGACAAUCUUCUGGUCAGCAAUCCAGCUUUCAGGUCAGCAAUUCACAAGGGUUUAACCUAUUUGCCACCGUGGCUCUUUCUGGAGCUGAUAGUGUAUGACUCACCCAAGAUCAUCCAGUGGGUUUCCAUGGUCAAGUGGUGAAUCAAAUCCUGGUCUCCAGAGUCACAAUCCAAUGCUCAAAUUACUAUACCACACUGGUUCUUCCCAUAUACCCUCCAACAGUUCUAGAUGGAAACUGAGACAUAGGUGAACAAAAAACAUCUGAAAAUGGACAAGAUGAUAAGUUAUUAAUGAGAAAGAACACAAAAUCCAGGACAGAGUGAAGCUUUUGUCUAAUGGGAAGGGGAAUACUCCUCUAUUCCUUUCUCCCAACCUGCUGUAGCAAAGUAGUACUAUUUGUUCAUGCUGGAUGGGGUUACAUUCCCAGUGAAAUCUCAGGUUCACAGCUUGGGUCCUCUCUGGAGUUGGUUCUGAGCUGAGUUGUUCAGGUUCAGAAGUGGCAAGGAAUUUAUUUGUAGCUAAAACCAGUAAACCAGUUAUGCUUGUUUCUGAAGAUGUCAGAUCUGUUCAUGGUAACAGAAACUGGAGUGAAUCUAAAAUGCUGCAGCCAGGCUCCUGACUUUGGCUGAUUGACAUAGAGCCUUCUCAGCGGCUACUCCCCACUUCUGGAAUGCCUUCAAGAAGAGGCUCAGUUGGCCUUCUCUUCCCUCUCUUUCCUGCAGCAAAGAACUUGGGCUGGAAUUCACGAAGGCAGUUAUGAAUACACAACCUAGAAAUAUGCAUUUAUUACAGGAACGUAUUAAUGAUCCCUGUGUAUUGCCUAGUUUAGAGGAUACGUAGGGGCCACAGAAGACCCCUAUCUGAACUCAUCGGGCACUGCAAGUGACAGGGUCUAUCCCCCUGUUAAUUGCAUCUCCCUCUCAUGAAAGUGAUUUCUGACAUGAGGGCUAUAUUUGUAUAUAUAUUUACUACAUGAGUCAUCUGCUAUCAGUGAUGUUUGACAGAUUGUGGACACCUAACCAAAUAGACACUUGAUAUAAAACAUUAAAAUUAAUACAUAUUAAACAUUUAAAAACAUUACAUUCAAUAUUACAAUCACAUAAUUUGAAAAUCAUAGAUCAAGGCUGUUCUGUCGUCAAUUAUACAAUGGUUCCUUUCCCCCAUUUUUCUCUGUUUUUAACCAAUAGUUUACAACUAUAUUUAUUAAUUUAAAAAACAGUAUUUUAUUUGUAUAUAGAGAUUUUCAAAGUUUGAAAAUCUAUGCCUUAUUUCAUUUGUGCAUAAAUCCAGCAGUGUUCAAACAUCACAUUUGUGGGAGUGAGGAUACCCAUGUGCUGUUUUCCAUUUAAAAUUCUCCCAUGUUAUCCCAUUGUGCCUUUUUUAUCUUCCUAUGAAGCAAGAGAAAGACCAUGUAGCUUUCCUGAUGCUGGACAGAAAUGCCCAAUUUCUGUCUACAUUGCCAUAUAAAUUCAGAUUAUCUGCUUUGAACUGGAUUAUAUGGCAGUAUAGAAGAGGCCACAGUUGCCGAGAGUAACAGUCUGACAAUAUUUGGAAGACCACACUCUUCUCAGCAGUGGUUUAAAUGAAAUAAUAUAAAAGGUAAUUGUAAUGCUCAGCCAACAGAAACUCCAGCCAGGGAAAAAGUGAAGCACAAAAGAGGCCAUACAUUUUGCCAUUAAAGGCAGCAACACUAUAAUUCAGUUCUUAUUUUGCCACAAACUUUUUGUCUUUUCCUCUUUGUGGAGAGAUAUUUUUGGAUAAUUUCUGGUCAACCACACAUAAAAGACACAAUGUAUUAGUUCACUUUGUGCAAGAAUGUUUCAUCCAAGUGAAUAAUUGCCUGGCAUUUCUUGGAUGGAGAGUUACCUUUUCUUAUCUUGAAUUCUCAUCAUAGGUCAUUUCAAGUUUAAGGCAUACCUUCAUAAGAUUCUCCCACACAAUUUAUGACAAAAGAAAAUGGAUGCUGCUUGGUCUGCUUGUGCUAAGUCCACAAAAUGAAUUAUACCCUUACUUCAACUGCCAUUUGAUUUGUGACUCUUUUGUUAUGGAGCAUUCAUAUAGAACAGUGGUUCUCAACUUGUGGGUCCCUAGAUGUUUUGGCCUUCAAUUCCCAGAAAUCCUAACAGCUGGUAAACUGGCUGGGAUUUCUGGGAACUGUAGGCCAAAACACCUGGGGACCCACAGGUUGAGAACCACUGAUACAGAAAAUCAAGGCAUUGUCCCUCACAGCUUAGCAAUUUCACAGCCAUACAAACAAAUUUUCUUCAUUGCAAGCUGAAUGUUGUAUGCUGCAGGUUUGUACUCCAAGGUUAGUGUAAUGGAGAGUAGUUCCUGAUGGCUUUUCAGCUGCUCUGGAUCUUGGGCUGUCCCUUCCAGAACCUCAUUAAAACUGAACUAUAUUCUGGAAAUAUUACAAGCCCAGUGCAAUUUCAAGGAGCAAAUAUAUCCUUUGCAGAUUUGAUUAACAUGUUUCUUCUAGGAAUUUCUAGAUCCUCCAGCUUGAGCCUAUGAUCUAGUCAAGGUUGACCAUAGAAUUGUGCUGGAGGACCUAGAGAUUCCCAGAGAUGGUCUGUCAUGUAAAAAAGAAAUUAGUGAUUUUAAAAAACUAAGUUUUUUUUAAAGACUUUUGCAGGGGUCCUGCACUCCCAACCCAAUUAAACAGAAGGCCUGCUGAAUAUUAUUUUUUGGUCUGGCACAUUAACUGGAAAUCAUGUGGCUUCUUGUCAGUAAGCUCCAACUAGGAGAGGCAAUCAUGUAAGUGUCCAGAUGUUAUUGGAGUAUCUGCUGCGACAGCACUAGUCACCAUAGAUAAUGACGAAAAAUGCUAGAAGAUGUAGUCUCACACCAUCUGAUUCUCAUCCCAGUGUAGGCAGGUAAAACUGUAAAACAACUUCUUAUGGUCCUAAUGAACUGAAUGAUAACUAGAUACAUUUUAUGCUUAUAGAAUUCAAAGACAUGGCCUUGUUAGCUUGGGUAAGUGCACAAAGAGAUUAUGUAAGAUAUGUACACCUUUGAGACUGCAACUUACAGCAUGAACCUUCAUAGAACAGAUCCACUUCAUCCUGCAUGCACUUCAAUUUUCAGUAUGCAUUCACUGGAUCAAUUCAUCUGAUAAAGUAGACUCGGGAUGCAUCUACACUGUAGAAUUAAGGCUAUUUGAUGCCGUUUUAACUACCAUGGAUUAAGAUCAAAGACUUUGGAAAACUACAGCUCCCAAGAUUCCAUAGCAUUGAGCCAUGGCAUUAGGGACAUGAGAGAAGCCUCCCAGCAGGAUGGUAACACAUCCGGGCAGCCCCUUAGCAACGUCUCUGUAGAUGGCCAAUUCUUUCACAUCAGAAGCAACUUGCAGUAUGUUCUCAAGUCGCUUCUGACACAAUAAAAAGGUCAUGGCAGUUAAAGUUGUGUCAAACAGCAUUAUUUCUACAGUGUACCAUGAAUCUAUGAAAGCUUAGGCUACAAACUUAUUGCACUCAGGCCCUUUUCACACAGCUGAAUAAAUUCCCACAUCUGCUUUGAACUAGAACAUAUGGAAGUGUGGACUCAGCUAUCCCGGGGCCCUUCCACACAGCCCUAUAUCCCAGAAUAUCAAGGCAGAAAAUCCCACAAUAUGCUUUGAACUGGGUUAUCUGAGUCUACACUCAGAUAAUGUGGGACUUUCUGCCUUGAUAUUCUGGGAUAUAGGGCUGUGUGGAAGGGCCCCCAAUUCAAAGCAGAUAUUGUGGGAUUUUCUGCCUCCAUAUUCUGGGUUAUAUGGCUGUAUGGAAGGGCCCUCAGUUAAAGUUACUUUCAGAGGUGCUUCAAUACCCCUUUGCAUACAUUCUACUCUGUUUGUCAUCUAGAAACACAAAAUUGCUGGCAUCUUAUUUGUGACAAAUGCAAAGGUACAUCCGUUCUAUUCCUGCAAAUGCCAUCUUUUCGAGUUGUUGUGAAGGCUGGUACUUUCUUCUUCUGCAAUUGCAGAAGGCCUUUACUUGGACUCACAGUUGUUUUGUGACAGUCCCCUCCUGCCAUUUCAUUAUUGAAAUCACAGGAUCAUGUGGCUAUGUUCCUAUCGCCAGAUGCAGACCAAUGACGUUGUCUACUGUGACCUCUAGAGCUGUGGUUCUCAAACUUUAGUCCUCCAGAUGUUUAGAAUUUUCAUUCUUAACAGUCUCUGAUUAUUGUUCAAGAUGGCUGGGGCCCUUCAAAAGUGCUUGGGAUGACGAGGAUUCAAGAACUACUGCUCCAGAGGACUCCAGCAGAUCUGAAAGGCCUUCUUCAGCUGUAAUCACAUUGUUGAAUUAUAGCAGUUUGAUACCCCUUUAACCUUCAAUGUUGUGGGAUUCUGAUAUUUGCAAUUUCAAAGAGCUCUGGUGCCACAACAAACUACAAAUACCAGAAGUCCAUAGGAGGGAGCCAUGGGAGCUAUAUCAGUGCAGUGAAGCAGGCAAACUAGCAUCGUAAUUGAAUUUCCUAUCAUACAAUUCUGUGUGCACCUUGAUGCUGGUCUGCUUCCCCGCACCCCAAGACUCUCCCAUCCCUAUUAACAGGUUCUACCCAUCAAUGACUCUCAAUCCUGCAAUGUUCCCACCUUGGUGUGAUGGGUCGCCUUUGUGUCUUUGCUAGCAUGCCAACAGUAAAGUGACAUCUGAGGUAAGGAUUCUUGUCUUCUCUCCCUCUUCCCCUAUUAUUCCAAAGUUGGUUAUUUUCCAUACAUAUAUAUAUAUGGCAUUGUGUGUGUGUGUGUGUGUGUGUGUAUUUUUUUGUUUUUAAAUGUUUUUAAAUGCUGGUAAGUGGAUACAUAUCACUAAAAAUGAAAAACAAAAUAACUGCUGUCAUGCUGGACAGUACGAUUUUGAAGGCACAGUGUGUGGGAUGUAAUCACUGGACGGCAAAUUCACAAAUUGGCACAAUUGUGUUAAGGAAGACAGGUGUGAUAUUGAGGUGGUCAACACCACAUGUAUUCACUGUCAAUGGCAACACAACUGUAGUGGAAUAGUGGGUUUGUAUGAUAAAAUCAUAGUGGGGUCCUGUGCGUAGAACAUUUCUCCUCCUAUCAACAACGUAGGAUCUCAAACAUUGAUACUGGCUAAACUCACUCAAAUCUAUCAAAAAAACAAAUGUAAAUCAAAACUAGCUCUGUUAUGUGGAAAGCUACAAAGACCCAUCUACACUGCCAUAUAAUCCAGUUUCUGAAUUCAGAUUAUCUGCACUGGAUUAUAUAGCAGUGUAGACUCAUUUAAUCCAGUUCAAAGCAAAUAAUUUGGAUUCAGAAACUGAUUAUAUGGCAGUGUAGAUUCAGCCAAAGUUGACUGUAAAAUAGCCAAACUAAGGUUUCAAUUUAAAUGUUUAUUUUAUUUAAUAGUUGUGGUUAAAGUUAAAAUUUCCUUUCCUUUCCUGUAGUGGUAUGGGCUUGCAAAGCUGUGACGCUUUUGUGGGUAAGGAUGCUUACUCUUUGUUGCCUUGAUGACUUUGAAGCCUCAGUCUAUGAAGCCGCAUCCUGCUUUGUUAUUAUAAAAACUAGCAUUUUCUCUACAGUAAAUAAGAAAGUGGGAAGGGUAAUGAACCACAGGUUGCUAAUAAUGCGGAGCUUUGCUCUUAAUCAACAGUGCAAAGCAAGAGACAGAAGGUUAAGCUCACUGGAGAGCAGAUCUGCAAAACAAGGCAAGAAAGAGUCAUGAAUGGGCUUUAAAUUGGGUUUGGAUGGCUUGCAGAUAGGGCAAAAGAUCAGAACUUGAAUUGCUUGCAGAUAAGGCUAGUGAUCAUAGCUUGGAUGGUUUGUUGACAAGACUUGGGGAAAAGACUUGUGGACAAGGCUAGUGGAUAGUGACCAUAGUUCAAAGCUAUUUAGUACAUGGCAGAGUAACUUCUUUGGACUAAAUUGUUUAACCUCAGCCAGGGAGUUCCAUAUAAUCACAUAAUACUAGAGUUGAAAAGAACUGCAAGAACCACCUAAUCCACCCCAUUACUAUGUAGGAAAUGCACAACUAAAGCACUCCUGAGAGAUGACCACUUGUCCUCUGUUUAAAGAAAUCAAAAACAUAGGCUUCUAGUUGUACUACUCCAAAAGUAGCUUUCCUAAGCAAAAGAACAAAGAUUCUUCAUGGGCCUGAGUUGUUAGUAUUUACUUUAUUGUUAGUAUUACACUUUAUUGCUUUUAGUUCGUUGGUGUACAGUGUUAAUGACUUGAUUCUAUGUUAAUUCAUUGAAAAGCAUGCUGAUUUCAGUGGGACUUCUUCCCAGGUAAGUGUGUACAUAAUUGUAAGCUUAUUUAUUGUGAUUCUAAGUUUUUCUUAAUGGAAGCAGGCACAUUAUUUACACUUUGCAUUGCAGAAAAUGACCACUUUGGCCUGGUGUGUUAUAGCUGGACAAAGGCAACUUGUUUCAACUUUCUUACUAAUACUGCUGGGAGUAAACAUACCAGGAAAUGAGAUGCUGGAAAUCUAUUACCCAGCAGACUCUCUUCAACUGCAAGAAGGAGAUUCUUUAGUCUUGACUUGUACAAUCAUGUACCAGCGAUAUGAGUCACAGGGAUUGGAUGUAUAUUGGUGCAAACAGGCAGAAAAUGUAUUUGUUUGUGAUAGGAUUGAUAAGGAAAUGGAAAAGAAAUCACUGAAUGAGAGUUCAAACCCUAAAGAGAAUGACACCUUUUCUAUUUUGCUACAAAUACACCAACUCAGCCAGUCAGACAGUGGUAACUACCGGUGCCAGGGCACCUCAUUGAAACCUGUUCAAUUUGUCAUGGGCCACUACAUCACGGUGCAUGUAACAGCAGCCACUCAACUUUCUGUAAACAAUUCCUAUCAAAUCAACACCACACCGAACAACCAAGAUCAUUUCUGGAGAGAAGCUGUAGAGGAUUUCCAGAGGAAUAAAGCAUUUCAGGUGCCUUUCCAGUUGGAGAAGAUGCUCAUGCCAAGUCUGAUUCUAGUCCUGAUAGCCUUCAAAAGGAUCUUCUAGCCACAUUGAACAUACCCAGCAUGACUCAUGUCUUGAGAUACCUGAUUCAUUUGCUCUUUACAUUUGUAAUUUAAUUCACAUAUAUAUAUAUAUUCAACUUCAUUAAACUUGAGUAUCAAUUUUCUUUUAAAUAUUUUAAUAUCCUGAAUAGACUACUGUAACACUCUCUAUGUGGGGUUGCCUUUGAAGACUGCUCGGAAGCUUCAAAUUGUCCAAUGGGUUCAUACCUAAUAGGUUUGAGGAAAGUGCAUCUCCAUUGUAAAACAAGUGACAGAUUAUGAUAAAUGACCCUGAUCUAUUUGUGUGUUUGAAGGUGCAAUCCUACAUACAGUUCUCUUGGAGUAAGGUCUAUUGGACUCAAUAGGAACUGGGUUGUUGUGAUUUUUCCGGGCUGCAUGGCCAUGUUCCAAAAGCAUCCUCUCCUGAUGUUUUGCCCACAUCUAAUGGCAGGCAUCCUCAGAGGUUGUGAGAUAUAUUGAUAUAUACCAAACCAGCAACCCUGUGAUUCCGGCCAUGAAAGCCUUCGACAACACAUCAAUAGGAACCUUUUUUUUUUUUUACAUAGGGAUACCUUUUGGAUUGAAUUGUAAGUAUGCUCUGAAUGUAUUUAUAGCACAAUCUAGGGAUGGUCUUAGAACUGUUGAACUGUUCAGAUUCACAGGUGAGAAAACUAAUGCUGUACUUCAGUAAUAAUGUGUAGGCUUACUGCCCCCUAUCAGUGAAUAUGUAUAAGAAUCGUUUUUUAAAAAAGAAAUAGUUAUUGUGUGCAUUCAAGCCGUUUUCAACUCUAAGGCAAAACUAUUAUAUGGUAAAGUGUUGGCAAGAUAUGUUCUUUGGGGUUUGCCAUUGCCUUCCCAUGAGGCAGAAAGAGUUUGUCUUGCCCGAGUAGGUUUCCAUGGCCGAGCAGUGAUUUAAACCAUGGCUGAGUUGUUAGUCCAGUUCUCGCACCACCACACCAAGCUGGCUCUUUAAAAAACAAAAUUACUAGUGCUUCACACCUCUAGAAAUAAAAAUAAGACAUAUACUAGAAAAUUGAUUAAAGAUAUUUAAGGGAAAAAUGAGUCAAUCUCCUUAAUAUGCCUAUCUGCUAUGUAUUAUUUAACAAGUUAUUCAAUGUUCAGAGAAUAUGAUUUUGGUUUUCUGCAGAUUACUCUAAAUUGUUAAAUCUUUUUCAAAUGGGACUGCAUUAUUCAGCAAGGCAGACAUUUAAAAUAUAUUUUAUGACUUAUUUUAAGAGAUGAUGAUAAUAUGAAUCCUAGCUUCCCAUCUCAUUUGUCAGACUAAUCGCUCUUUGUCUCCUGUCUUACAUCCUUUCUGUGAGCUAGAAAUAGACACGAUCACCCCUGAGCGCCCCCUCUUGUUGCAACGAUCUAAACCAGCUCCACCGCUGGCGGAGGACUCAAAGAGCAUCCGACCAAACGCGGGCUAAAGCCUCUCUUAAGGCAUACUCUGUGGCAAUGCGCACAGCCAGAAAGACUUUCUCAACUUCCCGCAUCAUGUCUGCAACCAAUAGGCCAAAACAGUUGUUUCAGGUGGUCAGGGAACUCCUCCACCCCCCUGAGGAGGGGGACCCCUCUGAUCACCUGACAACCCGAUGUGAUGAGUUCGUACAUCAUUUUGUAGACAAAGUCGCUCGAAUGUGCUCCGACUUAGAUGCCAGCCUAAGUGCAGAACCUAGGGAUGUAACUGAGGCACCUGUCUGUCAGGUUUUGUUGGAUUCAUUUCGACUUGUUCAGCCUGAUGAUGUUGAAAAGGUUUUUGGAGCAGUGAGGGCGACCACUUGUACCCUAGACCCUUGCCUAUCGUUAAACUUGCCAGUUUGGGGCUGGCGGAUUGGUUUACGGGAAACAUCAACGCCUCUCUUCAUCAGGGGCAUAUUCCAUUUUGCCUCAAAAAAGCAAUUGUGAGGCCUAUAUUGAAGAAGGCGGUCUUAGAUCUGUCAUUAUUGAGCAACUACCGUCCAAUCGCUAACCUCUCUUUUUUGAGCAAGGUCUUGGAGAGGGUGGUCGCUUCUCAGCUCCAGGAAUUCUUGGUUGAGACUGAUUAUCUGGACUCGUCAAUGUCUGGUUUUAGGCCUGGUCAUAGGACUGAAACGACUUUGGUCACCUUCGUGGAUGACCUCCGCAGAGAGCUAGAUAGGGGGAGUGCAUCCCUACUGGUUCUCUUGGACAUCUCAGUGGUGUUCGAUAUCAUCAAGCAUGGUAUCCUUCUGGGUCGGCUCUCGGGAAGGGGUCUUGGGGGCAUUGCUCUGCAGUGCCUCCACUCUUUCCUAGGGGGCCUGUACCCAGAUGGUGAAGUUGGGAAAUACCUGCUCGGACCCCUGGCCUUUGACCUGUGGAGUCCCGCAAGGCUCUGUUCUAUCCCCCAUGCUUUUUAACAUCUACAUGAAACCGCUGGGUGAUGUCAUCUGGGGUUUUGGAGUUCGGUGCCAUCUCUACGAAGAUUACACCCAACUCUAUUACUCUUUUCCACCUAAUUCCAAGGAAGCCGCCCCGACCCUAAACCAGUGUCUGACAGCUGUGUCAAGCUGGAUGAGGGCUAACAAGUUGAGGCUUAAUCCAGACAAGACAGAGGCCCUCCUGGUCAGUCGUGGGACCAACUGGGGUAUUGGGUGGCAACCUGUGCUCAACAGGGUUGCACUCCCCCUGAGGGCACAGGUCCGCAGCUUGGGGGUCCUUCUGGAUUCAUCGCUGACACUUAAAGCUCAAGUGUCGGCGGUGGCCCUCUCGGCCUUUGCACAAUUAAAACUUGUGUGCCAGCUGCAACCAUACCUCGAGAAGUCUGACUUGGCCACGGUGGUCGACGCCUUAGUUACAUCCAGGUUAGAUUACUGUAAUGCUCUCUACGUGGGGCUGCCUGUGAAGACGGUCUGGAAAUUCCAACUAGUACAAAGGUUGGCAGCCAGGUUUCUAACUGGUGCUGGUUAUAGGGAGCAUACAAUGCCCCUAUUGAAACAGCUCCACUGGCCGCCGAUAAACUGCUGGGCCCAAUUCAAGGUGCAGGUAUUAACCUAUAAAGCCCUAAACGGCUCGGGCCCUGCCUAUCUCCAUGAUCGCAUCUCCCCCUUUGAACUGGUGCGGGCCUUGAGAUCAUCCAGGGAGGCUCUUCUCUUGCUCCCACCUCCGUCCCAAGUAUGGUUCAUGUGGACGAGGGAUUCGGCCUUCUCGGCAGUGGCCUCCCAUCUCUGGAAUGCACUCCCAAAAGAGAUCAGGCAAUCUCUUUUGGGACCUUAUUCACCUUUUGUAAGGAUCUGAAGACCUGGCGGUUUCGGCAGGUUUUUGAGUAAUUCACUCUGUAUACCUCCAACUUAUGGCCUUGCAACAUGUUAUAUAAGAUUCAUCCAUCCCUAACCAGAUUGUUAGGAUACUUGGCUAAUGAUCCCUGUUCUCUCGAUUAUGGCUGGUUUGUAAUUGUUAUUUAUUGUCUAUUUUAAUUGUAUAGUUGUAUCUGUUUUAAUAUUGUCUCUCAAUUGCUGAGUAUGUAAUGUAUGUUGUUAUUUUGAUUGGAAACCGCCCUGAGUCCCCUCGGGGAGAUAGGGUGGUAUAUAAAUAAAGUUUAUUAUUAUUAUUAAUAAUUAUUAUUAUUAAAUACCCAGUAGCAGAAAUGAAAAGCGCAAGACAAGGCAUUCUGGAUAUCAUAUUUCUAAUUCUAUUAUUUUUUCCGGUUGAAAAUCUGUGGUUGUUUGAGUGUUCUCCACAUUCAGAAUAAAUCUUAAAAAUCAGAUUUUAAGGCCCACUUUAAGCAAGAUUCCAGAUGCAAAGACCAGGGAUGGGCAAAGUGUGCCUUGUGGGUGUAACUAGUGUAAAAGUACAACGUGCUAAAUCAUAUUUUAUAUUUUAAAAAAUGGAAUAUAAAGCAUGAAACAAAGGAAAAAAGAAGGGGAAAUGGGUAAAGUACUUCAGGUAUGGACAUGGUCUAUGCAUAUAUGAUAAUAUUAGCCAACCAUAUGUCCAAAAGUAUGAUGUUCAUAAAAUACACAUC